ACAAAAGUAUAAAACUUCGAACUAGACAGUAGACGGUUACAGAACAGAAGGCACAUGGCUUUGGAGUAUGGCUCCUCAGAGUUGUUACAGUGAUUGUCACUCAACACAUUACCUACAACUUAAACGUCUUAUUAUUCACUUACUACAUUUUUAAUAGUUUAAAAUUGUAACCAUUACGAUCGUAUUUUACAUUCGCGGUGAAGUCAUCGUGUACUCAUAAUUCAUAUUCAAUCGCGGACGCGUUCAAGUCAAACUAAAAAACAGUCAGUAAGCAUUCAGACUAACAAAUAGACGGACUCAAUAACUUAUAAAACAUUUGUUAUUGUUUUUGAUGUGUAGACGGACGAAUCGACACGGAAACAUUACCCGCUAAUAUUUGAGACGCUGACGCCACACAAGGCGACCGGGCAAUCAAUUCUUUUGUAUUCAAAUUAUUUAUGAAACCAAACAAUUGUUGAGUGUUGAAUCUUGUUGAGGGAUGUACUAUUUAAAGUGUGUGCAGUGAACAGGAAAUAGACAGUUUGUCCACAAUACCCUUAUCAUAACAAAACACCGACCGGAAUCAUGAAUUGAUUGUAGACCAUUUGUGUUUAUUGUGAUAAAACUGCCCUUGACCGAUAAAAAUUUAUUAAUAUUUACAGUUUGAUAACAGAUCAGGUACGCUACAAAAUUAAGCGCGAUUUUUUUUUUUUUGAAAAGUGAUAAAAUAUCAUGUGAAAUCGAAAGCUAAAAUAUGAGUGAACGAUUCAAAGUAACCCGACCGGUUGAUACCAAAAACAAUUUACUGUAUGGGGAUGAUGAAGUGGAAACCGAUGAUCAGCACACGAUUACGGAACGAUUACUUCCACAAACAACUGAUAAUCAUCAUUCAUCGGUGUCACAAGUGAUUCGACAUGGUGCACCCAACACAAAUACAACGCAACUUUCACCGAAUCAUGCACGAGGUGAUACCAACGAUGAACAACUCAUUGCAGCUGAAAAGAACUCCGGAUAUGAGACAAAUCUAUACUUAUAUUCGGAGGAGAUGGAAGAUCGACCUCGUAUAUCAACAUUAAUCAGUUCAUUAGCAAAUUAUUCAAAUACAAUACCACCAGCGGAAUCUGGAGGCGAUGGUGAUGCUCCAGCAGCUACAAAGGCCAGUACUGGUCCAGCAGCGAAACCUAGUGCGCGUAUGGGAACAUUAAUUGGUGUAUAUUUACCGUGUAUCCAAAAUAUUUUCGGUGUUAUAUUAUUUAUCCGUUUAACUUGGGUGGUUGGUACCGCUGGCGCUAUUGCUGGCUUCCUAAUUGUACUCACAUGUUGUUGCGUCACAAUGUUAACAGCAAUAUCUAUGUCAGCUAUUGCAACAAACGGUGUGGUGCCGGCAGGUGGUAGUUAUUUUAUGAUAUCACGUGCAUUAGGUCCCGAAUUUGGUGGAGCGGUUGGGAUGCUCUUUUAUACGGGGACUACUCUGGCAGCCGCUAUGUAUAUUGUGGGUGCCGUUGAAAUAGUUCUGACGUACAUGGCGCCCUGGGCAUCCCUGUUUGGUGAUUUCACCAAAGAUGAGAGUGCUAUGUUUAAUAAUUUCCGUGUGUAUGGUACAAUGUUGCUGUGUAUUAUGGGAACCAUUGUAUAUAUCGGUGUCAAGUUUGUCAACAAAUUUGCGACUGUUGCAUUGGCAUGCGUUAUAUUUUCAAUAAUUGCGGUUUAUGUUGGUAUCUUUGUCAAUUUUAAUGGUAACGAUAAAUUAACAAUGUGUGUACUGGGUAAACGUCUGCUAAAAGAUAUCUCAUUGGAUGAUUGUAACAAGACUGUAAAUGGUGUUUUACAUAAUUUAUUCUGCCCAAAUAAUACAUGCGAUCAAUAUUACAUGCAAAAUGAAAUCCAAAAAGUUCGUGGUAUCAAAGGUUUAGCGUCUGGCGUAUUUUUGGAUAACAUUUAUGACAGCUUCUUGGAACGUGGACAAUUUAUAGCAAUCGGUAGAGAUCCCGUUGACAUGGAACCAAUGAGUCCUCAAACAUACAAUCAAGUAGUGGCUGACAUCACAACGACAUUCACAAUAUUAAUCGGUAUAUUCUUCCCAUCGGUAACGGGUAUUAUGGCUGGAUCGAAUCGAUCUGGUGAUUUACAAGAUGCUCAAAAAAGUAUACCAAUUGGAACGAUUUGUGCAAUUUUAACUACAUCUACUGUAUAUUUAUCAUGUGUUCUACUUUUCGCUGGUACUGUAGAUAAUCUUUUACUUAGAGAUAAGUUUGGUGUUUCGAUUGGUGGUAAACUUGUUGUUGCAAACAUUGCUUGGCCUAAUCAAUGGGUCAUUUUAAUUGGUUCAUUCUUAUCAACUCUGGGUGCUGGAUUACAAUCGUUAACUGGUGCACCACGAUUAUUACAAGCAAUUGCAAAAGAUUCAAUAAUACCAUUUUUAUCACCAUUCGCUGUUUCAUCGUCACGUGGUGAACCCACAAGGGCCUUACUAUUAACUAUUGUGAUUUGUCAAGGUGGUAUCCUCCUUGGCAAUGUUGAUAUUUUAGCUCCAUUACUAUCAAUGUUUUUCCUUAUGUGUUAUGGUUUCGUAAAUUUAGCUUGUGCUGUACAAACUUUAUUAAGAACACCGAAUUGGCGGCCUCGUUUUAAAUAUUAUCAUUGGGUUUUAUCAUUUUUGGGUCUUGCUUUAUGCAUUGCAAUUAUGUUUAUGACCAGUUGGUACUUCGCACUUAUUGCCAUGGUUAUGGCCGGAUUAAUUUACAAAUAUAUCGAAUAUUGCGGAGCGGAAAAAGAAUGGGGUGAUGGAAUUCGUGGUUUGGCAUUAUCAGCUGCAAGAUUCUCAUUAUUACGUCUUGAAGAAGGACCACCACAUACCAAAAAUUGGCGGCCACAAAUUCUUAUUCUAUCAAAACUUACAUCAGAUUUAUUACCAAAAUAUCGUAAAUUAUUCGCAUUUGCUUCACAAUUAAAAGCUGGAAAAGGUUUAACUGUAUGCGUAUCAGUAAUACCUGGUGAUUUUGCACGAUCUGCUGGCGAAGCAAUGGCUGCUAAACAAAGUCUAUGUAAAACAAUGAAUGAGGAAAAGGUUAAAGGUUUUGUGGAUGUUUUGGUUGCAAGAAAUAUCACGGAUGGUCUUAGUCACUUAAUCCAGACGACAGGGCUAGGAGGUUUAAAACCAAACACAGUAAUCUUAGGCUGGCCGUACGGUUGGCGUCAAUCUGAAGAUGAUCGUACAUGGCAUGUGUUCUUGCAAACUGUACGAAAUGUAACAUCAGCUCGAAUGGCAUUGUUAGUACCAAAAGGUAUUAAUUUCUUCCCAGAUUCAACAGAAAAGGUGGUUGGUAAUAUUGACAUUUGGUGGAUUGUCCAUGAUGGUGGAUUGCUAAUGUUGUUACCAUUCUUGUUACGUCAACAUCGAACAUGGAAGAAUUGCCGCAUGCGUAUUUUUACUGUUGCUCAAAUGGAAGAUAACUCAAUUCAAAUGAAGAAAGAUUUAAAAAUGUUCCUAUACCAUUUACGUAUCGAAGCUGAAGUCGAAGUUGUCGAAAUGAUGGACAGCGAUAUAUCCGCAUACACUUAUGAACGUACCCUAAUGAUGGAACAACGUAAUCAAAUGCUUCGUGAGCUACGCUUGAACAAAAAAGAAAGCUAUGGUGUGGUACAGCAAUUGGUGGAUUUCAACGAUGUUUCAGCUGAGGAAAAACUACCUUUGGUUCAAGCAAUUGUAGAUCAUCAUCAUCAAAUGUUGGAUGCAAAAACAGCUACAAAAGUACGUUUCCAGGAAGUAAGUCCUGCUGGUGAUUCAUCACCCAAGGAAGGUAUUAUUCCAAUACCAACACCCAUGCCAGUACGUUCACCAUCGCUCAGUAGCAAAGAGGAACAUGAAAAUACUGAGACGGAAAAUACCGAUUGCCCAGCAAACAAUGUCAAUAAUUCUACAACAAAUUCAGUGGAAAAUAAGGAAACAUCGAAACAAGAUAAAGAAAAAGAGGAAAAUACAAUGGAAAAAGAAUCGAUUAAUGAAGUAGAAUCGACUGCUGAUAAUGAUGAACCAAAGAAAGUUAAGAAAACAGUAAUUACUCCAGAUGAAGGAAAUGUACGUCGUAUGCAUACCGCAGUCAAAUUGAACGAAGUGAUCGUAAAUCGAUCUCAUGAUGCUCAACUAGUCAUUUUGAAUUUACCAGGGCCACCAAAAGAUACAAAAUUGGAACGUGAAUCAAAUUAUAUGGAAUUUUUAGAAGUUUUAACCGAAGGUCUCGAACGAGUACUGAUGGUGAGAGGUGGAGGCCAAGAAGUCAUCACAAUAUAUUCAUAAUUCAAGCAUCCAUUUAUUUCAAUCGUAUAUUUUUCAAUUCUCAAAAUCAUUUUGAUUAUCCGAUCAUUUGAUUACGUCACACUAAAAAUAAAAACACGGCAUAUACACAAUUAAUUAUACACAGCGCGACGAGUACACACGAUUUACGAACCAGAGAACCAGAGAGAACGUGAUCGUGUCGUAUGUUCGGGCCAAAAUCCCAAAUUAUUUAUUUACCGUAUGUACAUAAUACAAACACCACUAGCAAAUUAAUACACCAAACAAAGUCAACCCAACUAAACUCAACCCAAUCCUUAGAUUAUAUUCAAAUCGCAAUCGAUUUUUAAUCGUUCAGUGUUCGUAUACUUAAACUAUAUUUUGUAAAGAUGAAUUUUUUUUAUUGAAAUAAAUACCACGAUACUCGAAAUCAAUUAAAUUCCGAAUAUCGUGGUAUUUAUUACAAUAUUUUGUAAAUUUUUUGUUUUAUUUUAGAUUCAAAUAACCUAAAUAAUAACCCUGUAUUUUCUUCUCCCAAAAAGUAA